AGAAAUAAAUAAAAGGAAAAAAAGAAAAAAAUCGAUCGCGCGUGGCGGGAGAGAUGGUGGCGAUGGCCUUUGCUGCUUCGCCGGCCGCUCUAAUGACGACGUCCUCCUCGCCUCGGCUGCUGUCGAAGCGCUCCUCUCUCGCAUCAUCCGAGUCCCUCUUCGUCGUUGCCGCCGCCCACCGCACCCGCGCCCUCCAGAGGAGGCUGCGACCCGGGAGGAGCGGCGGCCUCGGGUGCCGCUGCUUGUUCGGCCUCGGGGUGCCGGAGCUCGUCGUGAUCGCCGGGGUCGCCGCGCUCGUCUUUGGCCCGAAGAAUCUCCCAGAGAUUGGCCGGAGCAUCGGCAAGACCGUCAAGAGCUUCCAACAGGCUGCAAAAGAAUUUGAAACCGAGUUAAAGAAGGAUCCAGAAGAUUCAAGUAAAUCUCCUCCAGCUGAAAGCCCUAAAGCAGUUAGCAGUGAAGAUGAAAAGAAGGAACUUGAAACAUCAGGCACAACAGACAGCUCAUGAUCGACUGUUGACAAGGAGGAGAUGAACAUCCUACAGACACCAAAUCAAGAAGACAAAGCAUGUCAGCCAAGUUCAAGGAGAAGGAGAUGAGAUCUAACAGGAGCAGAUCAGAUGCUUACUCCCAGGGAACAUCACCGACCAACAUCAAGUCUCCAUCUUUGUCCUCAUAGGUGAUGGCAGAUUCAGAUCCACUGCUGCAGCCUUCUUUCCUUGAGACCUCUCCUGCAAGAAAUGAAGGGAGAUCUGCAUCAUUCCCAUGGCCAUGCUUGUUCUUGAUGUUGCUGUUGUUGAGGAUGAGUUCCCUCACCUUGAGUGAAGCACUUGAACAUGUUGUCGAUGGCCUCCCUUAGCUCCUUGUAACCCUUGUAAACCUUGAGGUCAA